AUGCCAUGUAAAAAGUGCGAAUCGAAGUUAUCGAAACUCGCAACUCCCGACGUGAAGAGGGAUGGGAACAGAUGCGCAAUAGGUGUUAACAAAUUAAUUGAAAAGAAGGCCAAAAAGGAUAAACUGGAAGCCAAAGGGAACCAAUGUAAAAUAUGUAAAGUGUUUUUGCAUAUAAAUGGAAAGUAUUGCAACUCAUGCGCUUAUAAAAACGGAAGGUGCCACAUUUGCGGUAAAAAAAUUGUCGACGUCUCUAAACAUCUCAUGUCACUAGUUUAAGUGGAAAUCAUGUAAUAGUAAAUAAUGUUAUGUAUGAUAUUUGAGUGGUAUGUAUUAGUACCAACGGGAAUAUGUAAGUAUAUAUUAAUGUAG